ACCUCAAAGGAAAAGCAGGGAGGCAGCCAACAGGUGACCUGAACAUGCCUUUGGGGCAGUAGCAUGAGGGAACUGGAGGGAGAGAGUUGUUCCCCUGGGGAUUAACUGGCAAGUAAGAAUGUUCUGCUGUUUCAUCUGCUACCUGAGCAAUUAGGCAACAGAUCGUUUUUCUGAAGAAGGCAAGUGCAUUCCUGAUGUAUUUAAAUUUCCAUCACACCAAAUGCUGGCAUGUACCAGGCUAUGAACUCAGUGGCUCCUGCCCUUCUGCUAAAGAGCACUCCUUUCUGCAGAAAAUCAAGCUGUGAUUAUUUUAAUAGGUUAUUGUCAUCAACAGUGGAUACUGCAGGAAAAUCUUGGCAGGUAAAAGAAACAAGGAUUUGAUUGGAGAGGAUUAAAGGUGUGUCAAUGUUGGUUUUAUCUGGCACCCUCUCAAAUUAAAGUCUGGUUCUGUUUACAGGCACUUUGUUUCUUGUGUAGUUUCUCUAGUUUAUCAGUGACUCAGAAAUACAUGAGUCUCCUCCCCCUGAGAGGGGCUUAACCUAUGCAUUGUAAAGACUUGUGCUGAUGAGGUUUGAAGCAAAGAAAAUCAGAUUACUUAUCUGUGCCACUACUUUGCCACUGGCUCUGACAAUUUAAUGGUGAUUUAUUAUUUCUGGCAUGCCUUCCAGGCCUCUUAGCAGAGUGCUCCAAGCAGAACUGCUCUGAAGUCUUCAGGAGUCUCAAGAGAACUGCACUGAGAGCCAUUUCCCCACAUCCAUAUCAGGUAGCUAAAGAUGGAUGCUCCUAAAGAAGCUCAGCCUACAGGAGAGUUCGAGUGCCAGCUCUGUGGGUUAACAGCUCCCUACACGUACUACGGGCCGAGGCCGCCGAACUCACGCUCUGUCGUGCUUUUGGAAGAAGCCUAUGUCAUGAAGGAUCCUUUCACCCCUGACAAGGACAAAUUCCUCAUCCUUGGCUCUCACUGCAGUUUGUGUGGCAGAUCAGUGUGUGUCGGUACAGAAUGUAGUCUGUUCUACUCCAAAAGGUUCUGUCUCCCCUGUGUGAAGGAAAACAUAAAGGCCUUUCCUUUGGAAAUACAAGAAGACAUGGAUAAAAGGAAGCCCCAGCAGAAAUCCUCCAAAAAAACACAUACAAAACAUAAAUCCUGAAGGACCAAGAGUGACAGUUCUUUGGCUGGGGUUUCUCCUCUCUGUUCAGAGACUAUCAUAUUGCUCCUUUUAAAGAAGUGACCUUCAUCAGCUCACUACUACUGAAGAGAGUCCCACAUUUCCUUACCCUGGGU